AUGCGGGCGCAGCUGCACUGGUGUGAGCCCCUGCAGGAGAGUGUGGAGGACCCCGCUGCUCUUGGGCAGCUUUUCUGCAACAACAACGUUCCUGCCUUUGGCUCCACCGCUGGGGAACUGGGCUGUCUGUGGGACUCAGACGCAUUUCCCCGCUGCGUGGUUCACGGAGGCUGCGAGAGUCCUGCAUGCUGCUGCCAUGCGCUGGAGCAGACUUCUGUUGCCUGCGGCUCUGGCUGGCUGCACUGCUGGUCUGGGAGCCACUCAGCUUGCCCAGCUGCCCAGGUCGGGGGGAGCCAACGCCGGGUGGCAACAGCCUUCUGGGAGAGGCAGCAGAGGAGACGCACGGCCCCUGUGGUGGGGCAGCGAGUUCAGCACCUGGAGCUGGCUAUAGAGAACUACACACACUGGAUCCAGCAGAUCGAGGGCUUUGUGAGAACUAACAUCAAUGUGGAGGCAAGAAGACAAGAGCAAAGCACAGUGAAUGAUGACACGGCCGCCAUUUUGGAUAUGAGCACCAACUUGCUCUACCAGACUGCCAAACACACACGGAAACUCAUGGAUGUGGAGACACAGGUUCUGGAUCAGAGCUCCAGACUGGAGAUUCAGCUACUGGAGAAUUCUUUGUCAAACAACAAAUUGGAGACCCAGCUGUUACAACAGUCCAGUGAAAUCACCAAACUCGCUCAACAAAAUGGUGUGUUGGAGCAGCGCCUGAAUGGCAUGGAGUUGCAGCACCAGCAGCAGCUUAAGGCCCUGCUUCAGGAGCGCUCCGGUCUGCAGAAGGUGGUGCUUCAGCAGAACCAGCUGAUCGAAGAGUUGGAGAGCCGCAUGGCCCUGGUCUCCAGCGAUAACAGCCUACUGGAGAACCAGCAGCAGCAGCUCAGAGAGACCAUCAGACGCCUGCAGGACAUCUGCUCCAAGGAUACAGCAGUAGAAGCCUCAAACAGCCUAGAGCAGGCUGAUGAACGCAGGAUGUUUCGAGACUGCGCUGACGUUCUCCACGCAGGGUUCAACGAGAGUGGGGUCUACACUAUUCAUCUCACAAGUCAGCAGACUGCAAAGGUAUACUGUGACAUGGAGACUGCAGGAGGAGGGUGGACUGUGCUCCAAAGGAGGCAGGAUGGCACUACAGACUUCCACAGGACCUGGGAGGAAUACAAGAUGGGCUUUGGCCCUCUCUCUGGAGAGCACUGGCUGGGGAAUGAGCUUGUGUUCCUGUUGAGCAGUCAGAGGCAGUACUCCUUACGGGUGGAGCUCACAGACUGGGAUGAGCAGCACGGCCUCUCUCAGUAUGAACACUUCCACAUCUCCAGUGAGAAACAAAAGUACAGGUUAUCUGUGAAGGGCUACAGUGGGACUGCGGGCCGACUCAGCAGCUUGGUCUCCCACGGAGCGGACUUCAGCACUAAAGAUGUGGACAAUGAUAAGUGCAUCUGCCACUGUGCACCGCUGCUCACAGGAGGCUGGUGGUUUGAUGCUUGUGGCGCCUCCAAUCUCAAUGGAGUCUACUACAGCAAAGGACAUAACAUGGGCAAAAUCAAUGGCAUCAAAUGGCACUAUUUUAAGGGCCCCAGUUACUCUCUUCAAAAGACCACCAUGAUGAUCCGACCGCUGGACUUUGGAGACAGUCUCAGAGGACUGAAAACUGGUCGUGAUGCAGCUCUUCAGCUCGAUAAGGAACUUACUGGAUGAAAACAAAAACAUGCCGUCCCAUGACGAGAACAUGACAUACUGGGAAGAAACGUCCUUGAUUAUUCAGAAUCAGAAUCAGAAUCAGAAUAGUAUUUAUUGCCAAGUAGGUUUACACCUACCUGGAAUUUGUUCUGAUGUAUAGGUGCAUACAGUAAACAUAAAAACAUUGUAUAUUGUGUUAUCACUCAUCACGAUACAUUAUUCAUCAACCUGUAUAGUUUGUCUUGUAUGUCAGUGUUGAUGCUGUUGAACCUGUUUGUAUUUAUUCGUUCAUUCAUUCCUCAGAUGUUUCUGUCCUCUGGAAAAUCACUACUGAUGUUAUGCCAUGUAAACAUUGUAACCAUAGAGCUUGGAUUUCCACAGAAUUGCAACAGCAAAAGUAUAACUACAGUAGCUAGACAAUGUUGCCAGUUAAUAAACUGUAAAUAUAGCAUGACUUUAAUAUCAAAACAAUACAGUGUUUUAUGGUAGAUUAACUUAAUGUACCCAAAACCUGAGCUCAAACAAGAUCCUGCGUAUGCUGGUCUCAAGGACAGGAUGUGCUGUUCUGCUGGUCUAAAGGACAGGAUGUGCUGUUCUGCUGGUCUAAAGGACAGGAUGUGCUGUUCUGUUGGUCUAAAGGACAGGAGGGUGUGCUGUUCUGCUGGUCUAAAGGACAGGAUGUGCUGUUCUGCUGGUCUAAAGGACAGGAUGUGCUGUUCCGCUGGUCUAAAGGACAGGAUGUGCUGUUCUGUUGGUCUAAAGGACAGGAUGUGCUGUUCUGCUGGUCUCAAGGACAGGAUGUGCUGUUCCGCUGGUCUAAAGGACAGGAUGUGCUGUUCUGCUGCGUCUCAACCACGGACCCUCCUGCCAAACUACCACAUGCUGAUCGUUUGUUACUCUGUAGCACGGCACUGCAUUUAAGAUUCCAAAUGAAUUUUAAAUAUGAAUAUUCCUGAUAUUAGUCUACUUUUAUUAUGAAUUAGCAUAGUGCAUUUGAGGAUGUAAGGUUUAUUAAUUAGAUCAUACAAAUCGAUUAAUAAUGUCAUGUGACACACUAAUGAUAAACAAAGAUACAUACAUACAUACAUACAUACAAAGAUACAUACAUACAUACAUACAUACAUACAUACAUACAUACAUAC